AUGUCAAACGGCGCCCUUGUGUUUUAGCGUGUUGUUGUUGUCGUUGUCGUCGUUGUCGUUGUACGCGGCUCUUCUUAAAAACGGGAAGCAACAGUGCGAUCGAUGCCUAACUUCGGUGUGGUUGAAGUUGCUGCUCGUUAGCUUCAGCAGCCACCGAAACAUGUUGACAGGGAAGUUUCAUGUGAAGCCUCAGAUAUGGAUUACAAGCUUGUGUUCGCAGCCUUGGAGACAGUAUGCGAAGACGUCCUCUCCGUUAUGUGUGGGCCUUCUGAUUUCCCGUACGGCGCUGUUGCCAAUCGCCUGGUCACGUGUAUGAGACGGAUUCAGGAGCACGGCCGAGCCCUGGAGCCCGUCGUCGGCAGCUUCACCGCCGUCUUCCACCAUUACGACUUCGACGAAGAAACGCCUGGCAACGGUUACCGCACCCUGGUGAAGGUCUUCCUGUCUUGCCUUUUGCACAUCAUCCACAAAGGCCGUUACAUUGCCUCUAACUACAACAGUGCCUUCUUCAGGGCGGACCACAAUGCCUCUGAGAUGGAGGCGUACUGCAGCGCUCUGUGCCAGCUGCGUGCCCUGCUGCACCUCGCCCAGCGGCUGAUCAACGACAACGACUACGGCCAGCUGUACUCUCUUCAGGACGGGGACCUGAGCCGCAGGUUUGUGCAGGAGUACAGCUCCAUGCACAAAGCCUGUUUCUAUGGCCGCUGUCUGGGCUUUCAGUUCUCACCGGCUCUGCGUCCGUUCCUCCAGACUGUUGUCAUAAGCAUGGUUUCAUAUGGAGAGACGUUUGGUAAACAGCAGUCUAGCUUGGGUAUUGCUGCCCUCUCCCUCCUCACAUCAGGGAAGUACGUCAUUGAUCCAGAGUUGCGGGGCGCCGAGUUCGAACGCAUUACCCAGAACCUGGACAUGCAGUUCUGGAAGUCUUUCUGGAACCUCACGGAGUCCGGCCUUAUAUCAGGCUUCACCAGAAUAGCCGCUUGCCCAGUGCAGGUGAACCUCACCCUGACUUUGCCUCCUGUCACUCUGAACCUCCCGCUGGCCUCAGACCCCAGUCUAACAGCCACCGUGUCACCUCCAGUAGCCCACUGUGGGCCCGGGCCUGUCCACUUGCGUCUGAUAUCCUAUGAGAUUCGAGAAGGACAGGACACCGAAGAGCUGCUAGCCUAUUCUCGAUCCGAUCCUCCCCCUAUCUCCGCGUCCCAUCUCCCCUGGGUGCAGAAGCAACCUCGCUCCCCCUGGCUGCUCAUCCACUUCCACGGCGGGGGCUUCGUGGCCCAGACAUCCAGAUCUCAUGAGAAUUAUCUUCGGAGUUGGUCAAAGGAGCUGAACGUACCGAUCCUCUCCGUGGAUUACUCUCUGUCACCUGAAGCACCUUUUCCCAGAGCUCUGGAGGAAUGUUUCUACGCCUACUGCUGGGCUCUGAACAACUGUCACCUGCUGGGCUCCACAGCGGAGAGGGUCUGUCUGGCGGGUGACAGCGCUGGAGGAAACCUCUGCAUCACUGUGUCCAUGAAGGCCAUAUCCAACGGCAUCCGAGUCCCUGCCGGCAUCAUGGCCGCUUACCCCGCCACCUUGCUCACCACUGAUGCCUCGCCCUCCCGCCUGCUCACGCUCAUUGACCCUCUGUUGCCCCUAGGUGUUCUCACAAAGUGCAUCAAUGCCUACGCAGGGGCAGACUGUCACACGGUGCAGCCUGCGGUGGGAAGCAGCAGUCUGAGCUCUCUGGGUAGAGACACCGCUGUGCUGCUCGGUGAUCUCACCCAGGGAGCCUCCAACUGGAUCCAGUCCUUUCUGGACCCCCUGCGGACUUCAGACGGCUCCCGCUCGCUGUCAUCAGCACAGAGGAGGUCCCCGAGCAACGAAACUCGCAGGACAUCCACUCACAACUCCUCACCAAACUGCGGAGGUCUCACAGAUUACCCAGAGGGCUUUGAGCCCCUGCGCUCCGAGUGCCUGGCCUUCGUUUCCCCAACUUCCUGCCCCAUUAUCAGGAACCCGUUUGUGUCACCCCUACUGGCUCCGAACAGCCUGCUGAAAGGCAUGCCUCCUGUGCACAUAGUGGCCUCUGCUCUGGAUGCCUUGCUGGAUGACUCGGUGAUGUUUGCCAAGAAGCUGCGAGACAUGGGCCAGCCUGUGACUCUGAAGGUGGUGGAGGACCUGCCCCAUGGCUUCCUCAGCCUAUCACAGCUCGCCAAGGAGACGGACGUCGCUUCAGAAAUCUGCGUGGAGCAAAUGAGGACGAUUUUCCAGCAGGAAAACCCGACUCCUGCUCUUCGCAAACGGCCAAAGCUGGAAGAGACUUAUCAGAGUAACAAUCCAUCGGGCUGAUUGAUUGUGUCAUUACUGGGACUUUGUUGUUCUUGGAUAAAAAAAGAGAGGAGAGAUGCAAUAAAUGUUAGAAAAGUAAACAAGUCAAAGCUGGAGGAAGCUUAGGGACCCUGCACUCAAAACCUUUAUAGGCGACAACGAUCAAGCAAAACCACUAAAAACUUUAUAUAACCAGCUUUAAUGCUAAAUGAUUCCAGAUAUAUACAUGAUUAAGCAUUUUUCUACCAGCAUUUACAAGUUAAAGAUUAAAUGCACAUUGAGAAUAUAACAGAAACUUCAAUGAAAACGACCAGCCAUUGCAGUAAUUUCUUUACUGAUAUAUAUUAAUAUAUAUGUCAGUAAUCGGAGGUGCCUUGAAUUUAAAGUGCUGCUGUAUUUGUGUAAAGUGUUUGAAGAAAAGCUUUGCCUACGUUACUAAACUGACCGGGGUUAAAGGUUUACUUGUACAGGAAACAGACUUCAGAUUCACUUUAUUAUUAUUAUUAUUAUAUUUGAAUUAAUGUGUAAUCUGGUUUUGCCAGUUUUGUCACAUGUUUACAAUAUAUUGAUAAGGAGGCCUUUGCAUUGUAUUUACAAGCAGUAUAUGUGGGUGUAAGAGUAAGUUGUACUAAUGUAAAUUAAUUCUUAUGUCUUAAUAAUAUUUAACACUGUGCUGUUA